CCCAGCUGAGUGUGUAAGCUGCUGCGCCUGAUCUGAGUGCUAGCCCUGCUCUAUCGCCUGUGGAAGUCUUUCCUCAUCAUUCCGGAAGCGAGAAGACGCCAGGAUGUCGUAUGGAUCUAUCGACGGGGGUGCCUUUGGGACUCGGAAUCCUUUUAGGGGCCCGGCAAGACAGGGCUACCAACCCGUAGCAACACAGGUGAGCCCAUCAGAGCUGCAGGAUGUCUUCCAGGAGACCUCUUCCAACAUCUUCCAGAUCAAUGCCAACGUUGUUACCCUUGAGAAGAGCUUCCAGUCUUUGGGCACGUCCAGAGAUACAGCAGAACUGAGGCAGACCUUGCAUUCCACCCAGCAGCAGACCAAUAGAGUCAUCACCAGCACCAGUCAGCUCAUCAAACAGCUCUCCGACAUCAUCAGCGGCUCCUCUCGGCAGGAUCGUCUCCGUCUGGCCCGACUGAAGAAGGAUCUCUCCGAGUCGGUGCAGCGCUAUGGCGACUUGCAAAAAAAAAUUGCAGACCGUUCCAGGGCUUUGCUACCUCCAGCACAGAAAGACAGGAAGCAGGGCCCUCAGACAUCAUUUGUGGAACUGUGUGAUGAGGAGCCUGUGUUCGGCAGGGAGAGCGCAGCGGAUGGCAGCAGCCAAGCCUUCCUGUCGGAGAUCAGUGAGGAGGACGUAGAGGCCCUCCGGCAGAGAGAAGAGGCACUGAUGCAGAUUGAGAGGGACAUGCUGGAUGUGAACCAGAUAAUGAAGGACUUGGCCUCCAUAAUCCACGAGCAGGGCGACACCAUUGAAAGCAUCGAGGAGUACAUUCAGACAGCCAACUCCAAUGUGGAGUCUGCUAAUCAGGAACUCGCCAAAGCCAGCCAUCACCAGAGACAGCUGAGGAAGAGGAAGUGCUACCUGUUGAUCGGAGGACUGGUGGCCCUGACCUUUCUCAUCAUUAUCAUUGCCGUCUCAGCACGGAAAUAAGCCGUCUCUCCAGAUAUGAGUAUCUUCUCUACUGUGAUGACAGAGAGUGCCACCUUCAAGCCCCCAAGAUUCUGGUCCCUCG